AUGGCUGAGCUCAAGGUUGAUACGUUCUGUCAUUCCUGGAUCAUCUGCCUGCAUGUCUACUCGCGAGAAAAACACUGUGUUGAUCGCAUGGAUCACUCCAAGCAUCUAAUUGGAAGUACUUGGACAAACCGCAGAUGUGACAGAUGUACCUGCUCUCCCGGUUUGUUGAUUGAUGGGCCGAGUGACUUGACUAAAGGCUGCAUUGUGAAGUAUAAUUACGACACAUGCACAUUUAAAGUGUUUAAUCCAAAAGACCCCAGCGUUAAGUGUGAUUAUAGUGUUGUUGGAAAAUAAUUUCCAAUGAUCGAGUGAUGUGUGCUUAUUUGGAUAAAGAAGAACUUCAACUGUUUUUGGACCCAACCUAGACUACGCUGCAUACUAAUUAUUAAUGGCACAGCUAAAUAUCUUGAUCGCAAAAAAAUCUGGCAUUCAGAACUUUCUUUCUUUUAGUGCUAAAACAAAGCAUUUUCAAGUAAAGCUACAAGAACAAGGGAUUUUGUUUCUUAUAUUGAAUUUUGUAUUUAUAAAUAUAGCGUAUAUGUAGCACUUGUCCAUGUAUAGGGGCCUAUACAUGUUAGAAGAUAAUUGUCUGUAAUAAUAAAAAAAAAAAAAAAAAGGAAUUACAUCACAGUUACCUUUUCAUUUAUGAUUUAAAACAUGAAUCUUGCUUUGUUUGCUUCUGACUACCUGAAUAAAAUGCUAAAAUUGA